CCCGGAUGACCCGACCGAUAGCGCCACUGCGAUAAACUGGCUGCAUAGCGUGCGUGCGUAAACUCGACACAGCCCAGAGUGCCGACGACUAUCGGUGUGACUACAAGGAUGCCGGCGGCCGAGGAAGUGCUGGUGACUGGCGGCGCGGGCUACCUGGGUUCUUGCCUGGUGCCGCUCCUGCUGGAGCGCGGCUGGCGCGUGGCCGUGUACGACACGUUCGCCCGCGGCCUGGGCCCGCUUCUGCCGGUGGCCCACCGCGUUCGCCUCGUGCGCGGCGACGUCCGGGACGGCGCGGCGCUGGCGUCCGCGCUCAAGGGCGUCGACGCCGUGGUCCACCUGGCGGCCGUGGUCGGCUACCCGGCGUGCAGCCGCGACCCCGAGCUCGCCGAGUCCGUCAACGUUGGCGGCACGCGCACACUGCUCGAACAGCUCUCGCCCUCGCAGCGGGUGGUGUUCGCCUCGACCGGCUCGUGCUACGGCGCUGUCACGGACGGCCUCUGCACCGAGGAGACGCCGCUGUCGCCCCUCUCGGUGUACGGCAGCACCAAGGAGCGCUCCGAAGACCUGGUCGUGAAGCACGGAGGCGUGGCGCUGAGGCUCGCCACCGUGUUCGGCGUGGCGCCUCGGAUGCGCGUCGACCUGCUCGUCAACGACCUGUCGCUGCGGGCGCUCCGCGACGGCGAGCUCGAGGUGUACGAGCCGGACUUCUGGCGCACCCUGCUGCACGUGCGCGACGCGGCGCGGGCCUUUGUGCUGGCGCUCGACCGCUACGACGAGGCGCGCGGUCGCGCCUUCAACGUGGGCGACGACGCGCUCAACGUGACCAAGGCCAAGCUGGCGCGGCUCAUCUGCGAGCGGGCCGGCGGGGUGCGGCUGCUGCUUGGCGCGCCGGGUCGAGACCAGGACAGGCGCGACUACCGCGUGUCACACGCGCGCAUCCGAAAGGAGCUGGGCUUCCGAGCGAGCGUCUCCCUCGAGCAAGGGGUCGACGAGCUGCUCAAAGUGCUGCCCCUCAUGGCGCCCCACGAGCUGUGCUCGAACUAGUCCCCCCCCCCCCCCCCCCCCCACCCCGACAGUUCUCUCUUAUCGCUGCUAUGGACCGAGCUGGUAUAUAUAAAGGCUCUAUCAUCGACAGUGUGCUUCUAUUUGCACACGAGGUCAGAUUCAGUGCGCACAUUUCCUUGGAGGCGUGACGUCAUGAACGUACAGGCUGGCAAGCCAAAAAUGUUUGGGCAGGACCACGGCGACGCUCCUAUUCUGCAAAACGUGGCUUGCAAUGGAAAAGAAAAAAAAGCGUCAUCCUAUAUGGUAGUGACAUCACAAUAAGAACGCGCAAGCCUCUUUAUAUGGUAAGCCUGUGUUGGUUUAUGGUAUUUGGUCCGUGUAGUUCAAAGGAAGUGUCUGCGUGCGUUAUACCGGCGACUCGACACAGAAUUAUGGUAGUGUGCAUAAAGGCGCUGCUAACGCAUUUCACCCACUAGCCCAUGAAUGCGCUGUUUGCUUGCGUGCUAUAUGUAAGGCCGCAGGUGACAAAACCGUGAAAUCUAUAUUGCGACCACAUUGGGUGCGUCCAAAUAUGCUAUUAGAUGCAUUGUACGCAUUGAAAAUAAAACUGUACUGGUUGCAA